GUAAAGUAAUAAAGGGUAAGUCGAGCCAGCAGCCGUCCUAUAAAACUCAACUGAUGUACGAGCUAUUUCCCAAGAAAAGUUUCAAUCGUUUUUCCUCACUGAUUUCCUUUGUAAAUAUAAACCUUUCUUUGUGGCCAAUAGAACCAAAUAUGAACACUCAAGCUGGACCUUCAAAUAAUUUCAAGAGACGAGUGGAUAAGCCAAAAUCUAAUAUCAAAGUUGGGAGUGGAUCAAACGACGCUGAAAUGUCCAGUCCUGUGCUCCUAAAGCCUCAAAGUGAUGAGCAUUUCCCCAAAUGCCGAUGCGUGGAGCUGCUGAAAAUUGGUGACGGUGCGGGCCACAGGAUCAACGAGGAGAUAGCUUCCCGUCGCCGCCAUAGAGUACAAAUUAUGCUAGUGGGUAGCAAUCCCUAUGGAGAUGUCUAUCAAGAGGCCGUAAACGCAGCAAUGGAGGCAAUUAAAAAUUCCAGGAUCUAACAACAUCGUCCCCUUCAUCGAACCUUCUCUGAUGUAUUCGUCAAUCCAGACCGUUCUAUAAAUUCCAAGUUGUAACAAUUUAUAAAAACAAAAAAACCUUUUAAUAAAUUUAUUUUCGAUUGUCAGUGACCUCCAUGUGGAAUUUCAGGCGUACCUUAGCCCUCUUAAAGAAACCGAAAGUUGUGCCAUGGCUGCCCUUGCAACCUAGGCCAGUGACAGGUGUCUCCUGCCCUUUUCACCCCCCGUUGCAGCAUGGCAGCAAUAUUUUUCGCCAAUGUUGGCAAUUCUAUUGCCAAUGAUAGGCAACAGAAUUUAGUUAAAAAUCCAAGAAGUAAUCAAAACUUUGCGAGUCCUCCAGAUCUGAUCGAGUUGAAAAAAGAGUUUCAGAAAUUUUGUGUCAAGAGAAAAAAGAUCAAACCAAGAACAAGCAAAAAUAGUGCCGGACCGACGCAGACAGAAUCGUCUCUGGAAGCAGAUAAACAAGAUGAUAUUGAAAAAUCACAGAAACAUUUUAAAAUACCCAAGAGAUAUCAUUCUGAUGGUCAUGUCAAGAAAGUUGAAGAACAUUUGAAAACCUUAUCCAAAUCACUUCCUAAGCUUAAUACAUCGACAAAGAAAAAAGCAUCUAAAAAUGCAGACAAGUCUAAAGGAAAAACUCAGGAACAAAGAUCAAUAUCUGCAUCUCAACCCAUAUACUCAAAAAACUCUAUUAAAUUUAAAAAAAAAUCUGAAUCUAGCAGAAACACAUCAGCGCAAAGAUUUGCAGAUUUUUAUAAAACACAUGAACUAAAUACGUCAUCUACAUCAGAUUCAGAUUUCAUAUCCGAAUCAAUUGCAAGUGGCAAUAAAGCAAUUCACAAAACGACCAAUUAUAAACAAUUAAGAAAAACUCAAUCUGAAUUGCCCAAAGAAGUCUCGAAAUCGAUAAGAAAGCUUAAGAAACAUUCAGAGGUACCUAUUUCAGUUGAAACAGGAAAAAGAUACAAACGGGCAAGGAAAUUAAAGUGGGAUUCUACUAAAACUAAUAUUCAAGAAAACACAGAAACUACACAAAAAGGACGAGAAUCCGAAUUGAAUAAAAGAAUACCCUUUAAAAGUGAACCCACUUGGAAAGAUCAAUUAAAGAGUUAUGCCAAGUUACUAACAGAACUUGAGCAAGAAAAGGUAAUAAAAGGUCACGAAAGAAAAUCCAAAUCACUUCCCCAGGUUAAUGCCAAAUAUGAACACCUUGAGUCUUUGCUAAAAAACCGCAAAUCAAAGCAAAAGCAACGCAAAACAGAACUUAAAAAGGUAUUUGAUAUAUCAUCAAUCCCCCUUCAAUUAGGAAAGAAAUCCGUAGACGAUUACUCCUCCGAACAAGACUAUGAGGAAGAUGCUAGUGUACCCAUUAGAAGCAUGCCAAAUUUGAGAGACGCAUCUGUACAACCUAAAAGGGAAAAAGUUGAAAUUAUUGAAGAAUCGAAAGCAUUUCCCAUGAUUUUUACACCUUUACCGAAACCAUUCGCUGGCUCUUAUGAACCAAAACAAAAACGUUCCAAGAAAGCUUUGAUGGAAUCAACCAUGAGAUUCAAUUGGAAAAAGCCACCCUGGAAAUUGGCAACUAAAAAACGCUUGACUCAUGACUCUAAUUCAUCAAUAUCAAUGGCAAGAUAUGCAAAGGACUUAAGUCAUAGAAGACCAACUGAAUUGUCCGCAGCAACCAUCAGUAGCAUUUUUUCAAGGGCCACCACCUCAUAUUAUUCAGAUUCAGGUAUUCCCACUAUUAGGAGUUCAAAAAAUAAUUCCACAAUCUGGGCAAUCAAUGAGAUAGAUCCAUCAUUAGCCGCAGUGCAAUAUUUUAAGCCAAUCAAAGCCAAACUGCCAGAUAAAGAUCUAACUCAACCGAAGCCAAUGCAAGUCAAGCGUCGCAAAAGUUCGAAAAAGACAACCAUGUCCAAUGAAUCCAUUAAUUCAGAGCAGAGCACAGAACCUGCGUUAAAACCAAUAAAAUCUAAUAAAUCUAUUUCUUCGGAUAUAUUUAGACUUGGCCCAUCCUCGAUCUCAUUCGAUUCACAAAUUCUAUGGCGUGAUCAUAUGUUUUCAGCCAUUAAUUUGGAUGAAUUUAGAUGUGUCCAUGGCACAGACUGUGAUGGUGUUUAUAAUUCGUGGCCCAAAAUAUGGCCAAAACCGCAAAAGAAAUCACAAGGAAAAAAGCGAGUUAAACGACCAUCAACUAAAGUGCUAAAUCCUCGAUAUUCGGCCAGAUUACUUCGUCUUAGUAUGCGUAAAACUGUGUCCUGCCAAACAGAGCAAAGAUCACCAAAUGAACUUUGCCUCAAAUGCGAUCCAAUAAAGUUGAUUGAAACGAAAGGGCCAAGACAACUUAACUACAAUUCAAAUCAUGCCCUUCGACAUCAUGCCAAAAGAAGGCUUAAGCUUAGACAUAGAAGAAGAACGAAAUCCUGUCAAACCGAUGAAAUGCCUGUGGAUGAUAAUUGCUGUCAGACUUGGCCAUGUUUUCGGCACAAGGAACCCGAUCAACCGUAUAUGCUAGAAAUGAGAAGGGAAAUGAAACGCCUCGAACUGAGAAACUACUAUAGACUUAAAUUGCAAAAGAGGUCAAAUAGCUCUCUAAAUCCAUUGGAACUAAUGCGCACCCAACUUCAAAUGUGCCAGAAAAUCCUUUGCCAAUGUGAUCAAAUGGUAGAACAAAAAAAAUUAAAUUUAGAACCUCAUUCAGGCUGUGGGCUUUGAUUCAAUGCAAAUGCUGUCAAUUGCAUUAAAUCAAAGCCCAUAACUUGGCUAAGUAAACGACAAAAGUGCAAUAAAUGUUUUAAGAAUUUGACUAAAAACCUAAAUCAUA